CCCCUACUGGGCAAGGGGGGAGCUGUACAUGAACCUCGGGUAAAGCAAAGCUGACUGUCCCUAUCGCAUUCCCAAUCCCAUGGAGCUUUCUCGGCCGAAGGUAAUUCCGCUUGCCCAUUCAUUGAUCUUUGCGUGUUGGGUGUUUUUGUUUGAAAUCUAGCCCUUGCUUUCAAUCCAUCGGACUUUCUUUACCUAAAGCCCUGCACCGAAAGAGGAGAGAGGGAAAGAGAGAGAGAGAAAAAAGACAGGGCACAGUGUCAUUGAACUCCUCUCCACAGGUGCAACGGGCAGCGCAUCACUUUAUCUCUCUUUCUGAAGAACCCUGUCGCCGGAAUCGGUCUCGACAACACCGCAACCAUGGUCUUCUAUCCUAUGAAAUGGAUCCCCCCGUUGCCCGAAAUUCCCGACACCGUGCCCAUAUGCGAAUUCAUGCUCGAUGAGCAGUACGGCCGGGUCCCUUACGCCGAGUCCAAGGAAGCAUACACCUGCGGUCUGACGGGGAAGAGUAUCUCUGCGCGGCGACAGAAAGAGGAUGUCGACAGCCUGUCUCGCGCGCUGGCCAAGGAGUUUGGCUGGGGAGUUAAUGAGGGCACGGAAUAUGACAAAGUCGUGGGCAUCUUCGCCCUCAACACGAUAGACAUCAUGACGCUGAACUGGGCCAUCCACAGACUCAAUGGCAUCUCCGCGCCUGCCAACGCCGCCUUCAACGCCGACGAGCUGAGCUACCAACUCACCAAUUCCGGGUCCAAGGUUCUCUUCACCGUGAUGCCCCUGCUGCAGACUGCCCUGGACGCCGCGGCCAAGUCGAACAUCCCCAGAAAAAACGUCUACAUCUGCGAAAUGCCCAACGACCCCCCCAUCCCCAAGGAAUUCAAGACCCUAUCUCAAUUGACCAAGCAAGGCAAAUCCCUACCCGAGCUGGAACCGAUCAAAUGGGAGAAGGGUCAGGGUGCACGGCAGACCGCAUUCCUGUGCUACUCCAGCGGGACCUCCGGACUGCCUAAAGGGGUCAUGAUUUCCCACCAGAACGUCAUCGCCAACACCGUCCAGAUCUCCGUCUAUGACCAGCCCGCCCGCGACGCAAUUGCCCCUCGCUAUCGUGAUGUUGCCCUAGGUCUACUGCCUCAAUCGCAUAUCUAUGGGUUGAUUGUCAUCUGCCACGCUUCGACGUACCGCGGCGACCAAGUCAUCAUUCUUCCAAAGUUCGACCUGAACAACUUCCUCAAUGGGAUCCAGAAAUUCAAAAUCAACACGCUCUACAUUGUACCCCCGAUCAUCAUUGCCAUGGUCAAGAACCGGGAUCUGACCCGCAAAUACGACCUAUCGAGCGUAACCUCCAUCUUCACGGGUGCUGCUCCACUGGGCAAAGAGACCGCCGAGGAAUUGGCCGCCCAGUUUCCCUCGUGGAAGGUUCGACAAGGCUACGGUCUCACAGAGACGUGCACCGUCGUGUGCUCGACAUCUCCAACCGAUAUCUGGUUUGGCUCCUCGGGAUGUCUGAUCCCCGGAUACGAGGCCAAAGUCAUGAGCGCGGAAGGGAACGAAAUCACCGGGUACAACCAACCCGGUGAGCUCCUCGUCAAGUCUCCCAGCGUCGUGCUUGGGUACUUGAAGAACCAAAAGGCCACAAUGGAAACCUUUGUGGACAUGCCCGAAGGCCGAUUUAUGCGGACUGGAGACGAGGUGGAGUUUAGAGUGUCGCCCAAGGGCAAUGAGCACAUCUGGGUUGUGGACCGCAUAAAGGAGCUGAUCAAGGUCAAGGGUCACCAAGUAGCCCCGGCAGAGCUCGAGGCGUGCCUGCUCAACCACCGCGCCGUGGCCGACUGCGCCGUCAUCCCCGUCCCCGAUGACCGCGCCGGCGAGGUGCCCAAGGCCUUUGUCGUCAAGGCCAAGUCGAUAGGCCUGGAGGAGAGCGACAGCCUCCUCAGACGGGACAUCAUCAAACACGUCGAGAAGGAGAAGGCCCGCCACAAAUGGCUCGCCGGCGGCGUCGAGUUCAUCGACGUCAUCCCCAAGAGCGCCAGCGGCAAGAUCCUCCGGAGGCUGCUGAGGGAUAGAGAGAGGGAAGCGAGGAGGAAGGCUGGCGCCAGGCUAUAAAAGAGCUCCCCCCUGUCUGUAAUCGAUCAGCCUGUGAGCAUCAACUUGGAGGUCGGGAGUCUUGUAUUGGGUGCCUGGGGGGAAGGCUGUAGAUGUCAAAGAUUGCAUAGUUGCCCUUCGAGUUUUGACUUGACGACAAUACAUUUAUUCCUUUGGUUUGCAAGACAUGUUACUCUUCCUGACACACAUUUGAGAGGAAAGGUUGCUAGGUACUAUUAGAGCCCGCCGAGAGUAUCAGAUUGUAAUUCUUUGCUCUCGAGGCAAAAGAGAAAGAGA